CUACUGGUGAGGAAGCGAGUGAGUAAUUCCAAGUGUGGGAAGGAAGGUUGUGAUGGUCAGAGGCAGUGUUGGUGACGCAGGUGUGGAAAGUUGGCUGCUGGUCGUCUCGGCUCGUUUUUUUUUUUUUUUUGACCCCCCUGGGGGAGAGGUCAUAAAAGGAAAAGUGAAUGUGAGCGAUUACGGCCCCGGUGGACUUCCUGAGAGGUGGAUUUAGGUCUCUCCAGGAAUUUGGAAAUCGGCCGAAUCUUCAAAUGAAAUUAACGAAGGUGUAAUAGAAGGUGUAUCGUCAGAAAUUGAUGAAGUUGACACCACAUGUGAUGUCCGCCUCCCAGGGGUAAUGUCAUGACUAAUGAACUAGCAAACAAUCAGAUGAAGUCUGUCAAGAACAUAUUUAAAAUACUCCUGGUGGUUUGUGUAAUCACACUAGCUACGUAUAUCUAUAGCAGUAUUAAUGAAGACAAUACCGUGAAAGACCUCCGCGCUGCUCCUCGAGACAACAGAGUAUGUAGAGACAUAUUUGAAAUUGGCAGAAGGUCGAAAAAUAUGUCAAGUAUGAUUGAUUUGGCAGUGAAAUUGAUCAAGAGGAAGAGGGAAAAGAAAUUAUUUAUGCCUCAAGUAUUUUACGAGAUAGUGGGAUAUGAAUCUCCUUCCAUGAUUAGAAAGGUGACUGACGGCUCAGGCCUCCAGCACACCAACUUCACCAUCAGCAAGACGUGGAGGUUCCAGCAGACACAGGGUCAGCUGCCUCACCUGGCGUGCCGCAUGCGGGAGAUGCAGGCUGAAGACCUACGCAUGUGUGUGGCGAGGCGGCACGAGAGUGUUGGCUCCACUCACAUAGCUUACGUCGGGGACUCGCGUAUUAGACAGCACCUCGAGGUCCUCCUCGACCUCAUUCGGAGCCUCCAACCUAGGAUCACUACACACCUGGGUGAAGUCAUCACUGUUGAGACAUUCCUGGGUGAGGAAGGCUUGAAGAACUGGAGGAAAUACAAGCACAACUUCCGCGUUGAGUGUAGCCAGGCUCCCGGGCUUAUUGUGGAUUUCCACUGGGCAGCGUUCAUAGAUAGGGGACAGACACCUAGAAAUGAAGGAGAUGUUAUGGUGGGCGCCCUGGACCUUCUCCAUCGCUGGAUUAAAGCGCCCCAAGACCAGAUACCAGAUAUUAUCGUUUUAAACACAGGAGCAUGGCAGCUGAUGGAUAUUAAGCCAACUGUUCUGCAGCAGAUAGACGAGGCAGCUGUAAGUGUGAUGAGUACACUGCGGCCUCUUCUGCAAAAUCUGUCAACCCGUGCUACUCUGGUCUGGGCUUUGCCUGAUCCCUUCAAGGAGUACAUCAGCCAUGACUUCAGUAAUAAGGGACAUUUUACACAACAAGAAAAUGAUAUACUGGAGUGGCUCCUGAAUGCCCAGAUGGAGCUACAGCCAUCUGGAGUUGUAAUAUGGGAUUCCUUCUUGCCUGUGGCUUAUGCUUCAAGAUCGGACUGUAUGCACUUGUAUGAUAAAAAUAUUGAACUAAAUUCACUUCCAACAUUUUCAACCUUUUCUAGCCAAAUUUCAUGGCACUGUGUUGAAAGAAUGCACGUGGGACUAGAGGCUUUAAGCGUGGCAGUACAGAUGGUUCUUAAUCAUGUGUGCAACCCAUAUAUGACUGGAGACUAUUGCUGUUCCAAGUUUAACUAGCUGUCCACAGUGUGAGGUCUGUUCCCUCCAGCAUGUGUGCUACCCACACUACCAUCCAUGCAUAGUUGUGUGACUCGCACCAUGCUACCAUCCCAGUUUGAGACUUAUUGUCAUACCACUACCAGAGGCCUGCUAUCUACACCACAUUACCAUUGCAACUCUGCUGGGAAUUUUUGUACAUCCCUCAGGGUUGAAGACUGUUCCUCAUGAAGGAUGGUUCACUGGGCAGAUUAAUUUGACAGAACCUGAACACAAGGAAAUACACUGGGCAAGUCAGUCAGGUGAGGGUUAUGACAGGACAAAACUAGACUGCAGCUACACUACUUCCAGGUCUAUUGAAUGAUCUUGGGCAUCUCUGAAGAGGUACAAGGAUACAUCACAACUUAGGCACCAUUCAAGUCUACCAGGACCAAUGUUAAAAUGUAUACUGUACAAGUAGCCAGUCUACUAUAGGAUUGUAUAAUGAUUAGAAAAGAGCCAGCAACAAGCAUCCUGUUUCACCUCGAUCCACUUGCCAGAAGUGUGUUCCCACUAAUAGGCUAAUCCCACAAGCAGGUUCAACUAUACAGAUAAAAUGUUGACCCCUCACAGGUCUAGCACAUUUUGAAUGUGAAACCAGAAAGUGUACACUGCAGCAGCAAUUUGUUAGUCUCCAUGGUUAUCCUGCAGGUGAAGACUGAUAAACACUAUCCUACCACUUUUCCAAAUUAAAAGUUAUACAGCAUAAAUAAAGUUUGCACAAUCUCAGACAAA